GGCCGAGCGGCAGUUUCUCGGUUAGGUUCUUGCCCCGAGGGAGCCCCGCGGUUCCGAGAGCGACUCCAGCCAUGGCCUUUGCGGAUAUGCGGAAAGUGCUCAUUAGUGACAGCCUGGACCCUUGCUGCCGGAAGAUCCUGCAAGAUGGAGGGCUGCGGGUGGUGGAGAAACAGAAUCUGAGCAAGGAGGAGCUGAUCGCUGAGCUGCAGGACUGCGAAGGCCUUAUCGUCCGCUCGGCCACCAAGGUGACUGCGGAUGUCAUCAACGCUGCAGACAAGCUCCAGGUGGUGGGCAGGGCCGGCACGGGCGUGGACAAUGUGGACCUGGAGGCUGCCACCAGGAAGGGUGUCCUGGUCAUGAACACCCCCAACGGGAACAGCCUCAGUGCUGCGGAGCUCACCUGUGGGAUGAUCAUGUGCCUGGCCAGACAGAUUCCCCAGGCGACAGCUUCCAUGAAGAAUGGCAAAUGGGACCGGAAGAAGUUCAUGGGGAUGGAGCUGAAUGGAAAGACCCUGGGAAUCCUUGGCCUUGGCAGAAUAGGGAGAGAAGUAGCCACGCGGAUGCAGUCCUUUGGGAUGAAGACUGUAGGGUACGACCCCAUCAUCUCUCCAGAGGUCUCGUCCUCCUUCGGAGUUCAGCAGCUGCCCCUGGACGAGAUCUGGCCCCUGUGUGAUUUCAUCACGGUGCACACUCCUCUCCUGCCCUCCACCACAGGCUUGCUGAAUGACAGCACCUUUGCCCAGUGCAAGAAGGGCGUGCGUGUGGUAAACUGCGCUCGAGGGGGGAUUGUGGAUGAAGGCGCCCUGCUCCGUGCCCUGCAGUCAGGCCAGUGUGGUGGGGCAGCGCUGGAUGUGUUUACCGAGGAGCCACCCCGAGACCGAGCCUUGGUGGACCACGAGAACGUCAUCAGCUGCCCCCACCUGGGCGCCAGCACCAAGGAAGCCCAGAGCCGCUGCGGGGAGGAAAUCGCCAUCCAGUUCGUGGACAUGGUGAAGGGCAAAUCUCUAGCAGGGGUGGUCAAUGCCCAGGCCCUUACCAGUGCCUUCUCUCCACACACCAAGCCGUGGAUUGGCCUGGCAGAAGCUCUGGGGACACUGAUGCGAGCCUGGGCUGGGUCCCCCAAAGGGACCAUCCAAGUGGUGACACAGGGAACAUCCCUGAAGAAUGCCGGGAACUGCCUGAGCCCCGCCGUCAUUGUGGGCCUCCUGAAGGAAGCCUCCAAUCAGGCGGACGUGAACUUGGUGAACGCUAAGCUGCUGGUGAAGGAAGCCGGGCUUAAUGUGACCACCUCCCACACCCCUGCCCCACCAGGGGAACAGGGCUGUGGGGAAUGCCUCCUGACUGUGACCCUGGCAGGUGCCCCCUACGAAGCUGUAGGCUCGGUUCAAGGCACCACACCUGUGCUGCAGGCACUGAACGGAGCAGUCUUCAGACCGGAAGUGACUCUGCGCAGGGGCCUGCCUCUGCUCAUGUUCCGGGCUCAGCCCUCCAACCCUGCCAUGCUGCCAACCAUGAUUGGCCUGCUGGCAGAGGCGGACGUGCAGCUGCUGUCUUAUCAGACCUCGGUGGUGUCGGAUGGGGAGACCUGGCACGUCAUGGGCAUCUCCUCCCCGCUGCCCAGCCUGGAGGCGUGGAAGCAGCACGUGACCGAGGCCUUCCAGUUCCACUUCUAACUUUGGGGAUCACUGGACCGGUCUCCGAGGCUUUUCUGAAGAAACCUACCACUGUGACCAACGGGGAGAGGAGAGCCACAUUCCAGGACACUGCUUCCACCUCCAAAUCCCCCUGAGCCCCGUUAUGCAGCAAUAAGCUUCCAAUAAAGGCCGCCCCAAACCCG